AUGUCAUCAGUUUUAAUCGAUAUUCCAACUUUACAAAUUAAUGGAAACGAUUUACAAAAUUUUCUUCGUUUUAUUUACAAACAUGAAAAACUUUUAAAAGACUUUGGUGCAAUUAAAGUUCAAGCAAAUAUUGAUUGUAAAUUAGCUUUGAAGAAACGACCAAAAAAUCUUCCGUUAAAUCCAAUUAUGAAAAAAAUUAUCAAAAUCAAUGAAAAUAUUAAUAUUUAUUCUGUGCAAACAAUUGAUCAUAUUAAUAUUUAUUCUGUGCAAACAAUUGAUCAUAUUAAUAAAUCUUCUCAAAAAUAUUUUGGAAAAACAGAUGAAAAUACUUUCUGGUCGUCACUAUCUUCAUCAAAUAACGAACAACAAGGUUUAAAUACCUCACUUUCAUCUAACACGAGUUUCUUCAUUCAAAGAACAUCUUCUACAUACUUUGAUCUUCAUCGUAUACCUAAUCAAUCACUUCUUAAAUUAGGUGGAAGAAAAUUAACAAAUCAAUUUGUUCCAUGUGUGAAAAGAGCACAAGGACCAGGUGCCAUUUUUCCAUUGAUGUCCGCUCGACAACACCUUUUUUCCAUUGAUUAUCAUCAUGAAGGUGGUGAUCAUCAUUGGUAUAUCAUUCCAUCUAAUCAGCGAGAAGCUCUACAAAAUUUAAUUGAGCAACAAAAUCUAUCUAUUUGUCUGGAUCAUGGACAAUUAUUUAUUGAUCCCUCGGUAUUGGAUAAAAAUUGCAUUCGUUACCAUCGAAUCAUUCAACAUCCAAAUGAAUUCAUUGUUUUAUCAGCUGGAACUUUAACACAAAGUUACUCAGAAGACACCAGUUGGAGUGAAUCAAUCAGUUUUGCUUUGCCUAGUUGGAUCGAAGAUGGUCAUGCAACUAUUUCUCUUCUACCAUGUCAAUGCCAUGUUGAGCAAAAUUGUGUAGUCGAUACAAUUGAUGUUGCCUUAUUUAAGCAAGAAUUAAUACAAAAAUACAUUACUUCGUAUCUACAGACUACUGCCAACGAUGAAACAUCAGUUUUCACAGGUUCAUCAUUCUGUUGGUUGUAA